UUAACCAGAAUAAUUAAAUAAUCAACCUUCAUUGGUUCUCGUCCAUCACCGGCGUAAAUUUCAGACGACAACCACAACGACAUUAACGCAAUUCUCCAUCGUUGUUCAGACCUAAUCAAACCCUAAUUUUCAAUUUAUCAUCAUCUAGGGUUUUAUUUUCUGAUAAAAUCAUAAUCUUCAAAAUAAUUCAAUCUCCAACAAAAAAAAAAAAAAAACCCGAAAUUAACCUAAGAACACAUGUUUCAGAAUAAAAUGAAGCAUAGCUCAAAUUUUCAUCAAACUUACGAUCCGCCAGACGACUGGAAAAACGGGUCAUGGACAGUAGAUUGCAUUUGCGGGGUAAACUUCGAUGACGGACAAGAAAUGGUGGAUUGUGAUGAGUGUGGUGUUUGGGUUCACACUCAUUGUUCUCGUUUCGUUAAGAAAGCGAAAUCUUUUGCUUGCCAUAAAUGCAAGAAGAAUCCUACCAAUAACAACAAUAACAAUAAUGAAGAAACAGAGGUUGCUCAAUCACUUCUUGAGUUACCCACAAUACCGAUGAAAUUGCGUUGCAUCAAUAUGAUUCCUGAUAAAAACAUUAAUAACAAUAAUAAUGGUUGCAAUAUUAUCAAUCAAAUGCCAACUUCUCCUUCUCAUGAUGGUUCAUGGGUGAAUAGACAGAUGGAGAAAAUGGCACAUGUGCACGGUGUACCAGGUGGUGAUGAUGAUCCUGGUUUGUUUAAAGGAUUUCCGAUCCCUUUUGCUUCACAGUUGUGGAAGUGUUCUGCGUAUGUACCAAAGAAGUUUAGUUUUACUUAUGAGGAGUUUCCUUGUUGGGAUAGUGACGUUGAAGAUAAGCAAAAGGAGGAUAAUACAAAAGCUGGUGUUUCGUAUUCGUCGUCGAAAAAGAAUGUGGGUAAAUGUGAUGGUGGUUUUGAUAACAUAGGUUUAAAGGAAAGGAAAUGGAGUAAUGGUGAUGAUGAGAAGUCGAAUUUGCUUGGGUUUAAGAAAAGGAGGAAAAUUUUUAGUGAAAAGAAGAUAAUUGAAGGUGUUAAUGGGGAAGAUGAUAGUGAUCAGGGUAAAGGGAGUAGUUUAAAAGCUGUUGUUGAACAUUCAACUAGUGUUAUGCAAACUGAAGUGUGUGGGAACAAAGCUAAUGACGACGACAAUUUGGUAAUUAGGUCUCCUGAAACAUCUGGACUAGUUUGUUCAAAUAAAAAGCGUUCUGAAGCUGAGAAACCUGGCCAUGUUGCUGUUGAUAGUUCUCAGAAGUCUGGGAAAACGGAAGCAGUUUUGCCGCCGGAUGGUUUUGAAAAGGUUUCUGUAGAGAUAGAGGGAGCCAGUUUAGAUGUCAUGGGUCAAAAUCAAGAAGUGCUGGAAGACCAAACUAAUGAUUUUUCAAAGUUAAAUGCUCUUGCUGUAGAGGCGAAUAAUGCUGUUGUUGAGCUUAGUAAUACUGAGGUUCCAAAGGAUGUAGAGACUACUGAGCCACCCAUUCCUAGAAAUUGUGCCAGUGAAACACUAUCAGGUGUAAAUAUCGAUAAUUCUAAGGAGGUUACGAGAAGCCUUCCUUCUAAAAUUGAUGUGGUGAUGGAGUCUGAUGGCUUGAACCGCUUUACUGAGCAAGAAUGUGAAGGUUCCAGACUCGAUGAAGCUGUUGUAACUAGUUCCACUGAGGAUCAAGAUAAAGUAAAAACUUUGGAAGAAGUGGGUGGUAGUCAGCUAGAGAAAGAUGAAAAAACGACUGAAAAUCAACAAUUCGAGUGUGAGGGUGCUAAAAAUUCCAUUGCAGUGCAUAGAAUAUCAGCAGGUUCUGAAGAAGUCACAAGAUGUUCAAGGAAGACUUCAAAAUUGAGUGGGGAAGACUUGCCUUCACCGGCUAGUCAUCACAAAACGAGGUCUGUUGGAAAGUCAUCCUCACCGGCUAGAUCAUCUCUAGCUGACAAUAAUAGAGCUGGAAGUUCUCAGUGCCCUAGUUCAAUCGACAAACGAGUGUCAUCUAGUGCAAGUACAAAAAAGGAAAGUGGUCGUGUUGAUAAACCGAAACAUGAAAAAUCUGAAAAAUCAAAAGGAAAAUUGAAAAAACAUUUGAAAGCCUCCAGCAAAACCAUGUCGAAGGCAUCACAGUCUCGUAAAACAGUGACUAGUCCUGCACACAAACAUGAUUCACCUCUUGGACAGGAUUCUACGCGGCAUUCAUCUUCCAAGAAGUCUGCAGUUGAGAGUGUCGAGCCUGCAGGUUCUGAGCAGACUCAUCAUGUGUCAACUGGACAAAAUAAAGAUGCUGGUGCUGCGGGAAAAAAUCGAAGGGAUAAAGCUCAUCAGUCGAAGCAGUCAUCAUCCACGUCAACUCAGCCGUCUUUGCAGAACCCACAGCCUUUGUCAAGUGCUCCUGCUGGGUUAAGUGAUGAAGAGUUUGCUUUGCUGUUACACCAGGAACUAAAUAGUUCUACGAGAAUUCUUCGAGUGCCCCGUCUACAUCAUGCUAGUAGCUUACCGCAACUAUCUUCCACUUCUGAGACGACCCUUUUUAUCAAACGUAGCAAUAGUUCUGGCGAAAAAGAACAACUGACUUUUUCAAGAAGAAAGAACAAGGAUGGGUCUCUCGAUUCUCGUGAACUAGAAAGUGAAGCAAGGAAGGCUGACAAGGCAGUAGAUAGCCAGACUGACUCAACGCAUUCUGUGAGGAAGAAUACUGAAGACAUCUCUACUACAUCAGCAUAUACCGGUCCAUCCUCUACCGAUCCUAACAAGCAAAAAUCUUCCUCUACUCAUGAUUCACUAGCCAAUAACCCGGAAGAUGUUACAGGCACCAAUAAGAGUCUCGCUCCAACCCAUCGCACCCUACCUGGAUUAAUUGCCGAAAUUAUGGGUGAGGGUAGGCGAAUGACAUAUGAAGAGCUGUGUAAUCUUGUCCUCCCACACUGGAAAAAUCUGCGAAAACACAAUGGCAAGAAAUAUGCAUACUCCAGUCAUUCUCAGGGUGUUCUCGAUUGUUUGAGGAAACACUCAAAAUGGGCACGCUUGGUUGAUCGCGCUUCUAAGAACAAUGCAAGUCGAAAGAAACGCAAAAUUGAUGUAGAGUCUCUUAAUGAGUCGGAGGAUGGCGAGGACGACAAACCCCGUAAGAAUGCUAAUGAUUCAAGUGGAAUGUGCGCAGCUAGAAGUGAAGUUUCCGGUAGUUCAACUGAGAAAUGAUCUGGUUGCUGCACCAUAGUCUGAAUCAGGUGUAGUGAUGUAAUCAAGACCUAGUGACCAACUAAUCUAACUAUUUUGUUCGUUCUUUUAUGUUUGUCCACAUUCUAAC